UCAGUGCAUCCGGCCAUGCGGUGCAACUUGAGGAGGCUUAUUGAGAAACCUCCUGACCUGAGCCAGAUGACUCACUGUAACAAAGAGAUGUAAAUGUUUUGCCCACUUGAUUGUGCGUCUCUGGCACUGCACAUUCUUUUUGUCCUGAAGAAGCACUCGACUGAUGUUUCAGUGGGAUGUGGUUUGAUCACCCCCACUGACUCAGAGGAAAUCAUGUCUGCAGCGAUUUCCACAUAUUUCUUUUAAGUGCUUUUGCAGUUUGGAAAUGAUUGGGCUGAGUAGAUGACCUUGUGGUUUUGUGAGCUAUGGAGAGUCAGAGUUAAGAGUGAUAGAAUCCGUAGUGAUUCAAUGGCACGUCGCUUGUCGAUGAAUUGGAAAAGAAGCAGUGUCAUACCGCAACAGCACAUAAAGGGAAUGAGGACUGGGAAGUGGGAGACUGCUUGCCUCACGACGGACCCCUCUACUACGGCUACCGAGAUCGCAUCACGGUCGGUGAAGUGCAACAGGGUGUGUGGUGAGCGUGUCGUCACAGCAACCGGCCCCACUUGGCGCUCACCCUCAGCUGUGUGAGACGUCACUCCCGAGGCGACUGCUCCCCUCUGACCCGAACAGGCAGGCAGGCAGGCAGCGAGGGAGGGAGGGAAGUAGGUAGGUAGGGGGCAGGUAGAGUCAGCCUGGACCCAGCCCAAACCAGCAUCAGUUGUUUGCCAGGACUAUCACUUGCAACAUGGAUGCUGUGAAGAGCAGUGCGUCUCAGCCCGUCUACAGCCGCUGGUCUUACAGGCCCUCCAGCUCUGCCAGCUUUUCUUCCACCUCAGCUGCAAGUGCCCUGGACGAUGACAGCUUAAGUCUCAGGCAGCAGAAGCUGGAGAAGCAGAGGGCGCUUCUGGAACAGAAGCAGCGGCGGAAGCGACAGGAGCCCCUGAUGGUGCAGCCCAACCUAGAGGCCCGGCCUCGGCGGUCUCGACCCCGCCGCUGUGAGGAGCAGGCCCCGCUCGUGGACUCGCGUCACAGCAUCACCAGCGACGUCAUCCUAGAUGGGAUUGAUGGCCCUGCGGCGUUCCUUGGCUCCGAGCCACCUGACGUGGGCUCCAGGGUCCAGAUCCUGUCCGUGAGCCAGACCUCGCAGUCCCCACCUGCUGAGGAACCGGAACGGGACGGGGACACGGAGACGUUGCUGGAACCCAAGACAGACAUUCACGAGCUGCUUCAGAAGAGAGGUCUCUCUGGCAGCAUGAAUUAUGACGAGGCCAGUGAUGAGGAGGAGGAGGAGGAGGAGGAAGAGGAGGAUCACACUCUUUCACUUUCGCCCAACCCGGAGUCCAACCGUCCAGCAUCAGCCUCCAGCACCAAGUCCAACACAGAGUAUGUGGAGCCUGGGUCGCCUUCAACAGAUAUCCCCCCCAUCGACGCGGACCACCUGGAGGAGUUUGUGGUGCAGCCCGCUCCUCGCGGCACAACCGUUAAGUGCCGCAUCACCCGCGAUAAGAAAGGAAUGGACCGAGGACUCUACCCCACGUACUUCAUGCACCUGGAGAAAGAAGACGGCAGGAAGGUUUUCCUGCUGGCUGGGAGGAAGAGGAAAAAGAGCAAGACGUCCAACUACCUUAUUUCUGUGGAUGCCACUGACCUGUCGCGUGAGGGAGAGAGCUUUGUGGGGAAACUGAGGUCCAAUCUUAUGGGGACAAAGUUCACAGUGUAUGACAAUGGCACAAAUCCCACCAAGAACCCGGGUACACUUCUAGAGGAGAGCAACACACGGCAGGAGCUGGCCGCCAUAUGCUAUGAGACCAACGUUUUAGGCUUCAAAGGGCCCCGCAAGAUGACUGUCAUCAUCCCUGGGAUGAACAUGAACUAUGAGCGGAUACCUGUCCGGCCAACCAGCGAGCAGGACACCCUGCUGGGCAAGUGGCAGGGCCAUGCUUUAGACAAUCUGAUCGAGCUGCACAACAAGGCGCCCGUGUGGAACGACGAUACGCAGUCCUACGUGCUGAACUUCCAUGGCCGCGUCACCCAGGCCUCCGUCAAGAACUUCCAGAUCGUCCACGACAAUGAUCCGGACUACAUUGUAAUGCAGUUUGGCAGAGUAGCUGAGGAUGUCUUCACCCUGGACUUUAACUACCCUAUGUGUGCUCUGCAGGCCUUUGCCAUUGGCCUCUCCAGCUUUGAUAGCAAACUGGCCUGCGAGUGACCCACUCAUCAUCACACACACACACACUCACACACACUCACACACUCACACUCUCACCUACACAAACACAUCCAUCGUUAACAAGUGGGCUCCCCUCUCCCUCAGGAUAGCUGUGCGUGUGUGUCUGUGUGUAAAACCCGCACCUUCUAGCUCAUUGCUGCUACACAAUAACCUACCGUGCUGCCCUAUCUAGUGGUGGUCAGGCACUACACCCCAAGAAGAAAUAAAUCCUUGUCCCUGCCAGCCUCUCUGUGAUAUUUAACAUUCAAUCAGAGGGACCAGACAUUGAAUCACUGGAGAAGAGUGUGAUAUCUGAAACAACAUUUAAAAAAAAAAAAAAAGAAGAGCAAAAAAAUAACAGCCUUCUAGAAGGCAAACCUGUCAUCUUGUGACACCUUUUUGAGUGUGCCUCUAAGUAAAUGUGUGGCUAAAUCUAAUUAUCAUAAGGUCUUUAAUAUUUCUGUGUUCAUUGUUGCUGCCUUUCAAGUGGGUGGCUGUAGUCGAUGUUUUAAUUUCACCAGCAAAUGGUCAGCCGAUGGAAGGAAAGGGAAUGGUACUUUACUGAGCACCAGUGUGGUAGCUCAUCUGGACUGACCCUCUGUUGGGAAAAUGGACAAUGACCUGGUCAUGAGACAAGUCUAGUGGUCUCUAACCUACAUUUCAUUUUGAUGUUUGAUAGUAUUCGAAACACGACUUUUUUGUAAACUUGGAUUUUAAUCAUUGAUGUUAUUCUACGUUUCUUGUAUGUUUCUUCUUUUGCCUUUUAACUGUAUCAACACUUUGGACCACCAGUGCUGGAAUCUUUUCUUUGAGUUGCUUAUUGUGAAGCCACUGUGUCAUUCUGCAUUGCUUGUCAUGACUGAAAUGUUUCAGUCGUGUUAUCACUUAACUGUUUAAUCUGACGAAAUGGGGAAUGUACAGAAAAGUUUUGCACCGUCAGAGAAAUUUUGUAGAAGUACUCCGUUUGUGUCAGUGAUCACUACUAACUGAAUCAUGCAAACGAGAUUUCAAAGGAGCCUUUGACAUACACUGCCCACUGACAUAGACCUGGCUGGCAAUUCCAAGUGACCUACCUGUUUUGGCUGUCUUGUUUGGGAAUGUUUUCUUUCGUUUUUUUGUGCUGUGUUCAGCUGUCAAAGUGAGAUUUAAGUGGAGUUGUGAUGUAGCCUUGUUUCCCAGCAUGCACUUGCUUUUCUUCUUUCUUCUCUCUCUCUAUUGUCAGCCCUGUAUGCUUUUUAAGGACACUGUAAAGACAACCCCCAUCCAAACCCAUGACACAAAAGGAAAUGGAAUUCCAUCAAGAUGGGCCAUGAAGGGAUAUUUUUAAACAUUGCCUUAAUAUUCUGAACUUUCAUAGUGUAAUGUGCUAUGGUCUUAACAUCAGCAUGGAUGAGUUUGAAUUGGAAUGGAUGUAGAGUAGGCAUUGUGGUGGGAUGUUGUCUUGUGUGUGCACAGACCAUGUCUUGGUACACUGUUCCUUCAGAGUCGUAACAUUUAAGGCGUCAUUGUGUGUGUGGGUGCACAAGAUCAAUAAGUCCCUGCUGGAUAAGUAAUGUGGGUGGCAAUGUUUUUUGUGAGUGUUUUGUGUUGUUUUUGUCGUACGAGCUACAUCUCACUAGCCAAUCAUAUACUGGAUAUCAAAGGAAUGCUUAUUUUUCCAUUUAAAUGAACUGUUAAGAAAAAUGGAAUUUGCACAAAAUUAAUUAUGAGAAAUACCCUAUUUUAUCUUGAAUAAUAACCAGGGGAAGUUCAUGUAAAACUCAGCUUCAGCUCAAAGUCCUAAAUUUUAUUAUAUUUUUAAAAGAUGUUAUUGUUUUACAGUCAUUUGUAAAUAUAAUGAAUUGUGUCAUGUAAAAAGCCCCAUAUGUCUUUGGUUUGUAAAUACAAGACUUGCUGCAUGGAAUAUAAAGCUUCAUUUGUUGUCAUGGUA